UUCAACUUUUUCAUAAUGUCAAAUGAGUGCUGUUAAAGUACCAGUAGGAAACUUCAGAGAGACCCAUUUACUUCAUAUCUCAUCAGAUCUUCUGCGUCAAGCCACGUCAUGUUAACUAAGAUUCUGCUGUUGUCUCUUCAGAUGAGUCUCCUAGGGAGUACUCUUGGUGGGAAUAUUCUGAUCUGGCCAAUGGAAGGUAGUCAUUGGCUGAAUGUUAAGAUGAUUAUAGAUGAGCUGAUUAAAAAAGAACACAACGUGACUGUCCUGGUUGCCUCUGGUGCACUUUUCAUCACACCAACCUCUAAGCCAUCUCUCACAUUUGAAAUUUAUAAGGUGCCCUUUGGCAAAGAAAGAAUAGAAGGAGUCAUCAAGAACUUUGUUUUGACAUGGCUGGAAAAUAGACCAUCUCCUUCGACCAUUUGGAGAUUCUAUCAGGAGAUGGCCAAAGUUAUCAAGGACUUCCAUGUGGUGUCAGGAGAGAUCUGUGAUGGUGUUCUUAAAAACCAAAAACUGAUGGAAAAGCUGAAGAGUAGCAAAUUUGAGGUUCUGGUAUCAGAUCCAGUAUUUCCUUGUGGUGAUAUAGUAGCUUUAAAACUGGGAAUUCCGUUUAUAUACUCCUUGAGGUUUUCUCCAGCUUCAACAGUAGAAAAGCAUUGUGGGAAGGUACCAUAUCCUCCUUCCUAUGUUCCUGCUGUUUUAUCAGAACUCACUGACCAGAUGUCUUUUACUGACAGAAUAAGAAAUUUUAUCUCCUACCAUCUACAGGACUAUAUGUUUGAAACUCUUUGGAAACAAUGGGAUUCGUACUACAGUAAAGCUUUAGAUGGUAGCCAUUGGUUAAAUAUUAAGAUCAUUCUAGAAGAGUUGAUUCAAAGAAAUCACAAUGUGACUGUACUGGCUUCAUCAGCAACUCUAUUGAUCAAUUCCAAUGUGAAGUCUCCUGUGAAUUUUGAAGUGAUACCUGUUCUUUUUAAGACAAGCGAUAUAGAUUCCUUGGUAGAACAUAUGAUAAUGCUGUGGAUAGACCACAGACCAACUCCUCUCACACUGUGGACUUUCUACAAAGAACUAGGAAAACUCGUAGAUACUUUUUUUCGAAUUAAUAUACAAAUCUGUGAUGGCGUAUUAAACAACCCCAGGUUAAUGGCGAGACUUCAGAAAGGUGGUUUUGAUGUGUUGGUAGCAGACCCAGUAACGAUCUGUGGUGACCUGGUUGCUCUGAAAUUAGGAAUUCCAUUUAUGUAUACCUUGAGGUUCUCUCCAGCCUCAACGGUAGAGAGACACUGUGGAAAAAUCCCAGCACCAGUCUCCUAUGUACCUGCAGCCUUGUCAGAGCUCACUGACCAGAUGACCUUUGCUGAAAGGGUUAAAAAUACCAUAUCUUAUCCACUGCAAGACUAUAUAUUUCAAUCCUACUGGGGAGCAUGGAAUUCAUACUACAGCAAAGUUUUAGAUUGA